CUUCUUUACAUCCGCGUUCUGUUACCCCCAUAUUGACAAAGGCUUACUUAGUUAAAGCACCCGAGGGCAAUGAUCCUCUGCGGGGGGCUGGUCCUGGGCCUCCAUAUCUUGAUGACCCUCCUGAGCCCCCAGGAAGUCGGGGCCAUCAGGGCUGACCACAAAGGCUCCUAUGGACCAGCCUUCUACCAGUCUUUUGAUGCCUCGGGUCAGUUUGCCCAUGAAUUUGAUGGGGAACAGCUGUUCUCAGUGGAGCUGAAGGAGAAGGAGGCUGUGUGGCGUCUGCCCGAGUUUGGCGACUUCACCUACUUUGACCCGCUGAAUGGGUUGAACAGCAUCGCCAUGAUCAAAGCCCAUCUGGACAUCUUGGUGGAACGUUCCAACCGCACCAGAGCCACCACCGUGCCUCCAAAGGUGACCGUGGUCCCCAAGUCUCGAGUGUUGCUGGGCCAGCCCAAUGUCCUCGUCUGCAUCGUGGACAACAUCUUCCCCCUGAUCAACAUCACCUGGCUGCGCAAUGGUCACGCUAUCACCAAGGGGGUGAUCCAGACCAGCUUCUAUUCCCAGCCUGAUCAUACGUUCCGCAAGUUCCACUACCUGACCUUCGUGCCCUCCACAGAUGACUUCUAUGACUGCAAAGUGGAGCACUGGGGACUGGAAGAGCCCCUCUUCACACACUGGGAGCUUCAGGUGCCUGCUCCACGACCCGACACCACAGAGACCCUGGUCUGUGCCCUGGGUCUGGCCCUCGGCCUGCUGGGCUUCCUCGUGGGCACCAUCCUCAUCAUCAAAGGCACAUGUUUGUCUAGUGCCCCCAGGUAAUGACCCGUCUAAGAAAAAUGGAUUAUGGGAG